AUGACCGUACCUCUCGAAAAUGAACCAGCCGAAUGUAUAGUUAUGGAAAUAUCGUCUUCGGAUCCAGGCAAGCGACAGAAAUGUUGCGCGCAUUGUCCGGGGGCCGUGACGAUCUCCCAAAAUCGAGACGAGCAUUAUUGCAGCCUUCCGAAAUACGUAUCCGGGAACCUGAAACUUUCGUCCCUGAGGAAGUACUCCCCCGGAGAAAAGGAACGCGAGGAACGUCUGAAAGCGAAUCCGGAAGACCAGAUACCCGUUCGCUUUUCCUCGUGCUACGACAAUUUUGCCCUGGCGAAAAAAUCCUUCCGGGAGAAUUUGGACCACCAGCCCUUGCCCGAUAGAGUCAGCGACAGCGUUUUCACGAACGCGAGGCGCAGGUUACGACCCCUGUCCCCUGAUGAUAUCAUCGAGAAGUGUCAGCGAAUCAUGCCCAGGUGUACAAGGGACUCCGAGAAUCGUUCGGCGAGCGGAUACGGAGUCGAGCUUGGCUGUAAAAAGCCGAUUACCCAUAUGGAUUUGGCGAUUUGCUGGAACACUCCGAUCGAUCCGAACUACGAGCCCAAUAGGCCGGUUCACAUCGAUGGAUCGGACGGUGGUCCGGCGCCUGCAAUUUUCACCUUGGUCCAGCAUGCCUCGGAGAUGCCGGACAACGAGCGCAUCUGUUCUUCCACGUCCAAAGGACGAGCCAAGAGCGAGCCGCCUAAGAAAUCUGGCACCGAUAAGGCGACUUGUCACCCGGGCUGUCCCUGCGACGAGCACUGCACCAGAAUGGAGAUUCAUUACUGCCAAGGGAAGAAUAAAAAGAACGAUCACGGAUCAGGGAUCAGGUCGAAAAGGAACAGUCAGGGGAAUGGCGUCGCUAACGAUAAGACGCAUCGGUGCAACGAAUUGUGCAUAGGCUUGGACGGAAUUCGCAUUUCCAGCGGGGCGGAACGCAGGUCAAACUCUUGCCCAGGGUUCAGACCUAGACCGAAACACGCGAGUUAUUUGAGGCAUUGCACGGCGUGUGUAAAUGGAAAGAGAGACGACGUCGGAAGGAAGUCCGAUCUGAGGAAGGUGACGUCCGCCACGAAUUUACAGGAAACCAAGAGCGAAUCCAGGAACGGCUUACCCACGAAACUGAUCGUUCCGAGACCUAGGACCCCUUAUGCCAGAAGGAGCUUCUGCAUAGAUUCUUUGGCACCCCCUUUCAAGGUAGUCGAAGGGUGCAGAGACGCCGAUUACCCCGAACAUUGGAGACUCAUGUCGGUUUAUCAGCAGUCGUACAGAAACCCGUCGAAACGCAGGUGUACGAUACUUAAUUAUGAGCAUUGCCCACCUUAGUUCGAAUUACGUUUAAUUCGACUUGCAUCGAGCAGGGGGAUAACGAGAGCGCAACGUUUCAAUGCGUGUACUUACAGAGAUAGUUGUGAUAUAUGCCUUAUAUUUUUACGUUUUGAUUGGUUGUUGAUUUACUUGAUUACGUGUAUAAGCGUUAUGUUGUUUGGAUAGGAUGAUUCAGGUAGAAUUAUAUUUAUAUAGUUAAUCCGACCGAUGUUACGUUACCUUUUAUCUUCCGAUGUACUUGUUACCAAUGUACGAUGUUAUUUGUUAAUUUAUAUUUUACUAUAUUAAAUUCUUGUUGGAUAA